UUUCUCUACAUACUACAGUGUAGCGGACUGAUCUGAGGAAAGGGUGGUGGCCAACUCAUGAUACUGACUGACCAAGUGCAGAUAUGAAGCUGACCUCGUUAGCCGUGCUGUGUCUGUCCCUCCUUUUGAUUCACACCCAUCUCUCCCUGGCCAAGAGAGGAGGUGGCUUCGGGAAAAGCAGCUUUGGCUUAGGGAAAACCUCCAACCGUGGUGGUAGCUCCACAUCCAAUCGGGGAACCAACACUAACACGGGACGCAGAACCAAUCAGGGCACCGGCUCUCAGGGCACCGGCUCUCAGGGUGGAUACCCCCAACAGGGAGGUUACCCCAAUCAAGGGAGCUACCCUCAGCAGCCAGGCAGACCAGGGUACCCUAACCAAGGGGGUUACCCUAAUCAAGGGGGUUACCCCAAUCAAGGAGGUUAUCCUAACCAAGGGGGUUACCCCAAUCAAGGGGGUUAUCCUAACCAAGGGGGCUACCCUCAGCAACCAGGCAGACCAGGAUAUCCCAAUCAGGGUUAUCCUAACCAAGGGGGUUACCCCAAUCAAGGAGGUUAUCCUAACCAAGGGGGCUACCCUCAGCAACCAGGCAGACCAGGAUAUCCCAAUCAGGGUUAUCCUAACCAAGGAGGUUAUCCUAACCAAGGGGGUUACUACCCUCAGCAUCCAGGAAAGUAUCCAGGACAAGGAUACCCGUAUGGAGGUGGUGGAGCUGCAGGAUACCCUGGGGGCUAUGGUUAUGGUGGUUAUGGUGGUUACCCAGGUGGAUACAUGAAUCACAACCCCGGCAACCAAAUAUUGAGCCCUCGCCUAGGAGGUGCAUAUGGAUAUGGGGGUUAUGGGGGUGCUGGUGGCUCUCCGUUUGCCCACUCAGUCCAAAGAAUGGGCCUGAAUCCCUCUGUGAAUUCCAAAGGGUUUGGGCGGAGUGCGAUAAUGGCAGCAGGGGCAGGAGCAGUGGCUGGAAUGGCUCUGGGCUACGGGCUAGGGAGGUUCCCUCGUCCCCAUUUCCAUUUCCACAACCCUGAGGAGGAAUAUUACUACAACCACUACAUGUAUAAGAAGUAUGGCACCAAAUCCACCGAUACAAAUGACUACAGUAGAGACUAUAAGUUCAGCCCACCUCCUAUAACUUAUGAUAAUUACAUGGACUCCUGCAUGAAGAGAUCAGACCUGCUGCCUGGGGAGAAUCAACAGGGAAAGACUCAACCCAUCACCACCUCUACUACCACCACUACUACUACCACGACUACCACCACUACCACUGUUGUUACCUCAGCCCCAGACAACAACACAUCAGAGAUUAACAGCACUGCAGCAGAUGAGUCCCCAACCCCUGGGCCCUCUCCCUCCAGCCGUCCAAAUCAGCCUGAAGCCAAGCCUCUGCCUCCAGCUUCACAACACGCCAACAGUGAUGACAACGAUGAUGAUACGGUCAGUAUUGUAGAGAUCGGCUACCCUGCGCUGAUUGAGCAGCUGAAGGCCAGGAGGUGUGUGGGACUGUACAUGGAGUACUCUGCAAGAUACUUGGAAAAACAGACGCAGGAUAAGAGGUCAGCGGGACCCAGCGGAGGAGUGCAGGGACUGGGGAUGGGCCUCCGGGAGCUUUUAACAGUGUUCACUGGUACGGUACUGAUGUUGCUGAGCAGCAAUGUAUUGAUGCUGCAUUGAGGCAUUUGAUAGAAAUGUUGAGGGGAUAGAUAGACAGAAUGUAUGUGGAAGCAGACAUGAACAGAUGGAGAAUAAUGGUAAAUCAAGUGAUGGGAGGGGCAGCAGCGUCACUCCGGUGAUUAUUCAAUGUGUGGUAAAUACUGAGAGAGCAACAGAUGGUGUGUGUUUGCCCCCUGUCUCUUCAGGACUCUCCCUAUCGUGCAGAUUUCUGCUUUUUUUGUGUGUGUGUGUGUGUGUGUGUGUUUUUUUUUUUUUUACGUUUUCUUUGUAUGUAGGCAUUGCAUCCUUAUGCAUGUGCAUGACUGGAAACACAUACCUGGAAUAUUGCAGUUUUGUAUUAUAAGCUCAAAGUAAGAAAAAUAAAGAAAAGUAAAGAUUGAAUCAGAAAGCCACCCCAUUAAAACAGUUGCACUGCCUGUUUCCUCCUCUGGGGGAGAAGGGUUCCUUUGACUGCACUGAUAGGAAAUUAGUACAUUUAAAGUCUAUUGAGACCACAUUAAAGUGGUUCUGUGGUCAGGAGGCAACAUGAUCCUCCUGGGUCUGCUGUAAUUGUCUGACUCUGUUUUGAACAACAACAGCUGUUGGAAACACUCACCAUAUCUACAUUGUCCGAAAUAAUUGCACAUAAUGCAGCCAUGGAAAUUACUGUAAGUAGCACUAUUGCUAAUGAAUACCUCAACAGUUUUGAUGUUGAUGGAAGCCUUUUUUCCAUUAUGAGUUAUUCAUUAUAUGUAAUAUAGUUGAUUUAUUGUUAUCAUUAUUAUUAUUAUUAUUUGUGUGUUUUUUUUCUCUUCUAAUUGAGUUUGUGUGACCAGGCACUUUGUCUUUCUGUGUCAGAGGAGAAAGCAGCUGAGAGGACAAGCUUGCACCUGUGGAGUUGGGUGUGGCUCAGCUGCAGUGAUGAGUUGUGUAAAUAUAACUGCUCUGUGAUUAUGGAAGUUAUAUAGCAGUAUAAUAUUGUUAGCUGGAGAGGCUUUGCUGGUGGAGGACAGCCAAGGCGCUGAAACACAGGGAAUAGUUAUCUCAUAUUAUCGAUUAAAAUGGAUCAAAUUAAUCUCUUAAAUUAAUUCGUACUAUUGCUUACACUUGUAGUAUGCUAGUAUUCUAAUAUUGCAAACACUGCUGCUUUCAGACUGAAGGAAUACACACUAUAACCGUAAUUGUCUAGUUAUAAUGCAACAUCUCUGCCAUAUCUUAAAGCGGACAGCUGGAAUAUUAUAAUCAUGUAAUCAGUGUAUGGUCCAAGGAAAAGGUCCUAUUUAAGCUUGAUAAAUUAGUCUGAUGGUAUGUAUUUUAUUUGGAUAAGCUGAUGAAAUUUUGUGGUUGUGGAGUACUAAAGAUUAAUCACCACAGCUAUGCACAUCAUUUUACUAAACUCUUUAUUUUGGAAUCCAGUGCAAAAAAAAAAUGCACUUCUAUUUGUGUAGACUCCUCUGGAUGUAUUAUUUAUGAAUAUUCAUGCUGCAGUUUUCUGUCUGUCGGAUAUUUCGGAAAAUCUUCCAUCUUUCCUCUCCUUGCUUUGCACAGUAUGUUCCAUGAUCUUGUGUGUUUUUGUCUAUAUUCCUCUUCCUCCUCCCUCUGCUGAGUGUUUUCUCUCUCUCUCUCUCUCUCUCUCUCUCUCUCUCUCUCUCUCUCUCUCUCUCUCUCUCUCUCUCUCUCUUUCCCCUCUCUGGGGUUAGGGUUAUAGAUUGUACUGUAAGUGCUCUUAUGUAAGGCUGACAGUGUACUCCUGUUGAACCGAUCUGGAUGCAUAUUGAUCAUCCCCAAAGCUACUGAAUGUUAUCUUGUAUAAUAGGCCGAGUCUGUGGUUGAUGGGAUUUAUCAACAUCUGAACACUUUUCAGAUUUUUUCUAAUUGUGGAAAUAGUCCUCUUUUUACAAACUCACUUAAUGUGUUGUGUGUUUCUACAUCGUCUCUCAAUUUGAAUGUAUCUCAGAAUGCAUAUAUAUCCCUCGUAAAGAUGUGAAUGCCUUCUUUGCCAUGAUGCUUUCACGAAAUUUUCCUCCAUAAGAGUCCUGUUAUUGUUUGUUUGUUUGUUUUGUCUUCAGUAAUGUUUGAGGUUUUCAAAAUUAGUCAUCUAACUUCUAGUCCUGUUUUGUCUUCACACAGACAUUCAUUAUUCAGGGUGAAUUUUUGUUGGCCUCUGCAAGUGAUCACAAAAUGCUCUACUGAAUACUGGUGCACUUUUCCCUUACCUAUGCUUGUCUUGUCUAAUAAACAUCUCAAUCUUA